UCACGUAACUACGUAAACAGGAAGAGUCGUUGCAGCGACUCGUCGCCAUGAAAGUGUUGUUCAAAAUGAUCCCGCUCACAAUACAGUGUACUCUUUUGUAACUUGUUUUAGAACAGUGGUCAUUUUACGAUUCUCUGAUGGAAAGAUGCAAUGAGGAUGAGAAGCUGAAUGCCCCGUCCGAUUUUGUGGCAUCAAGUGUCUCAAAGGGUAGUCAGAGGACCCUGAUGCCCCCAUCCCAUUUCACCGCAAGCACCCAGUCUGCCUCCAUCAUAGUACCAGGGACUGUUACGGGACGAGGGACAACACCAAUAAAAUGGGUCACCCAUGCCGCAACACCCCCAUCGGACUCUGGCCCUGCCAACCCAUGGCUCACCAUGGCUCAGGCCAAACAGGAAAUUCUAGAACUACACAGAGAAAACCAGAGGAUUCUGAUGUUACAGGGAGACUGCUCCAGAGGAACAGAGUCAACAGAGGAUUCUGCCCACUCCAUAGCAAGGUCUGGAGCGAGAGGUGAGCAGGCCUCCAGGUGGGAGACAGAAUGGAGACUGGACACAGAGCGUUUCAGGGCAGAGUCAGAGAGGUUGAAAGGCCAGGUAGAAGCACUGAAGGAAAUUGGAGGGAGACAGAGAGAGGAGAUGAGGGACAAAGAAACUUAUCUGAACAGGCAGAGUCAUGAAAUGGAGGCGAUGCGGGAGGAGUUAUAUAAGACUAAGACUGAGCUCAGCCAAGUCAGUGUGGAGCUGGUCCAAAAGAGAGAGGACAAAGAGAGACUCAGCACCCAGCUGGAGAUGCUGGAGAGGAAGUCUGGGGAGGAGGCUGAGAGGCUGAGGAGGGAGGUGGAGAGGAGCAGACAGGAAACCCACAGGCUGACCAGGGAGGCUGAUAUAGCCAGGCUGCAGGCUGGGGAAGAGGCCAAGCAGGAGUUGCAGAAACUAAAUAAGCAACUGGAGGAAUCCCACAGGAGACAUGAAACACAGUUGCAGCAGUUGACUGCCACCCACGACACUGAAUUGUCCACAGUCAGACAGACGAGCUCUGAGGUGCAGGAGAGGUUAUGUCAUCUGUCAAAGGAGGUGACUCAUCUGAAGUGCUGUCUACUGGAAGUGUCUGCAGAGAGAGAUGGACUGAAAGAACAACUAAGCCAAAUGGGCAAUGCUUUUGAGACCCAGUCAACAACGUUGCAGAGUCUUAGAAACUACAUUGGACAACUUACCCCUGAGAGAGGGUUGGAAGAGAAACUAACUGAAACCAUUCAGACACUGAAUAGGGAGAAGGAGGCUCUGCAGGUGACAACAGAGCUUCUGACGGUCAGACUCAACUCUGUGAACGACAUAUUGGCCCUACAAGAGGAGGAGAUGGUAGAGAAGACUCUGUCAGACCCUCUCCUGAAAGCUGGGCCCAAAGGCACUCGGGUUCUGCGUUGCUGGAGAGAGAAGGUCUUCAUGUUGUUGGUCCAGCUUCGCUCAAAGGAUAUGGAACUGAGGGGAGAAAGGGAUAAACUUCACUCAACCAUCUUGUCUCUGGAGCAGGAGGUGAAGAAGGAGAAGUACCAGUCCAAUGUGUUCCAGCACAGCCUGCAGGACAGAACAGCUGAGCUGGAGCUGGAGAGGGUGGCUAGGGAGGCCGUGGAGCAGGACAUGACUACGACUAAGAGGGAGAACACAGAGCUGAAGAGCUGGAGUCAGGAGGCAGAGGCUGGACUGAGGACAAUGACAGAGGAUACCCAGCGAUUCAGUCAGGCAUUUGAGGCUAAGAUGUCAGAGGUGGAGACUGUCCAAACACGUCUGAACAGCUUUGGCCAGAGGCUGACCUUUGCCAAAAGAAGAGUGGACACAAUUCAAGGUCUAAUGAUGAGGAAGGAGGCCCUACGGAGAGUGCAGCAGGCCACUAAAGCAGCCAACCCGGUCUCUGAGCUUGCCGCUGUCACAGAGCUCCAGGCAGAGCUGUCCUCGGCGUGUGAGGAGAGAGACAAGCUCACGCAGGAGCUCAAGAGAACCCCCGAGCUCAUUGAGAGUGCUCUGGCUGAUGUCCGUGAACAGUUUGACAGUGAGGUGAGGCAGCUGAGGCAGGCUGCAGAGCGAAGCAGGGGUGAAGCCCAGGAGGCCCAGGCAGCCAGAGAGGAGGCCCAGCAGAGGCUGCAGGAGGCCCACACACAGCUAGAGGAGAGCAACCUCAACCUAGAGCAGCUCCAUGCACAGCUGAUCAGCCAACAGGAGGACAGUGACAGAGCUCUGCAGGAGAGAGUGUCUGAGACAGAGGAUCACUGUGCUCAGCAGCUUAGAGUGAUGGAAUCUCAACUCAACACGGCCAGAAGAGAACACACCAAAGCAGUGGUAGCCCUGCGUCAGUUUGAGAGACAGGCUAAGAGAGAGAGGGAGCAGGAGAGAGAAGCACAAUGCCUUCAGAGUGAACACACCAAGAGAGAAAUCCAGGAUCUACAGAAACUACUGCAAGAAAAGGACAAGGACAGAAAUCUACUUUUGGCGACUGUACGUGAGAGGGGUCUGAUGAGUGAGUAUAAGGCAGCCCGGACCACAGCCCUGCAGACUUCUGUGGCCUUGGAGCAGCAGCAGAGACCCUCAAGGAAGAGCAACACUCUGAGAGCCAAAGACCAGCCACAGACCAGAGACUCGCUACUGUCAGUGCUUGGGGACCUUCGGACUCUGAGUGCUGCAGUGGUCCACAGCUCAGAAGACGAUGCAGAGGAGGAGGGAUAUGGGGACAGGGUACGGCAUUCCAGAACCAGAGGGGACGACUCACUAAAGUGACGGUCCGCAAUAAGUACUAGGACUACUAGGAACUUUUAUUCUGCAUUUUUAUUUAAAAAAAAUUGCGAUCCAUUUCUGUUUUGAGAUUUGAACUUUUCAAGUCUCAAAUCUUUGUUUUUUUUAUACACUCUUCAUGACUAAUUGACAUUUCAUUACGUGUGUAACUCAGACUCCAUGUGGGUGGACGAUUUAGUGCUUUCUUAAUGUCUAUAAAAUGGCACUGUCGACACAACAGCAAUGUUCCCAGUUUAAAAAUGCAUUGGAUGUUUUAAGAUUUCAUGGAUCUACUUAAUGUUAAUUGACCUUUGGCUGACAGGCUCCGUCCAGAGGAGAAGCUCACUGACUGUGAUGAGUUCAAAUAAGGUAGGUGGACGUGUGGCCUGUGCGCCCAGUCUAAACAAUAAGUCAAUGUGCUUUCUCCCAGGGCCUCACAGCGUGACAGGAAAAUCAAAUGAAUGGAUAGCUUCGUUCAAAACAGCGUGCUGCCUUCCGCUGGAGAAGACUAAAAAACAGGCUUGUUGUGACCCUGAGUGCUCUGAACUGUAGCACUGGAGACACGAGAUUGACCACUGCUGAUGUUUCUAUAGUCUUGCUAAUGGUCGUGUUUAUGAAGACAUGGAUCACCAUCUUUGACAAAGUUGUGUAUUUGUUUGUGAUGUAAUAAAUGAUGUUGAUAUUUAAAACUUUCA